UGUUCAAUAAAAAAAGAGAUAGAGAGACUUUAAAUAAUCAUAUGUUUUUGUGAUCAUUGUUGAAAUUGUUAAAGGUGGAUGAUAAAUUAUAAAUAAAUACACAGACAAAAUAAAACAAUUUGACAAUGUUGACACGACAAUUGUUGUUGAAAGGACGAUUACCAAGAUUAGUAAUAUCAAAAUUAUAUGAUGGACGUUGUUAUGCAUCAAAAGCAAAUCCAUCAGCAUCAACAGAAUUAGAUAUUGAAAGUAUUAUUCCAAAAGAAGUUAGGUUACCAUCACAUAAACCGAAACAACAUCAACGUGAACCAUUUGCUAAAAAUUUAUUUAUGGGUAGAUAUGAUACUGAAAUAUGUGCAUUUCCUGAACCACAAACAAAUGACAGACAUCGUGAAUUUUUUGAAUGGUUAAAACCCAUUGAAGAUUAUGUUGAUACAAUUGAUAUGAAAAAAAUUGAUGAAGCUGCUGAAAUACCAGCUGAUAUUAUUGAAAAUAUGAAACAAUUAGAUGUAUUACGUGCUGCAAUACCAGUAGAAUAUAAUGGUCUUGAUUUAAAUAACAGUGAGUAUACAAAACUUGUUGAAACAUUUUCCAAGGUACCAGUAUUAGGUGCAUAUCUUGUUAAACGCAUAAUGGCAAUUGAUUAUAUUAUUAAAUUUGCAUCUGAAGAAUUACAAGCACGUUAUUUACCAAAAAUAGCAAAUGGUGAAUUAUUUCCAACACUUUGUAUAAAUGAAGAUGAAAAAGGUAGUGAUGAUGCACCAAUUGUAGCAAAAGCCAUAAUGUCAAAUUGUGAAAAUUUUUGGCAUUUAAAAGGUACAAAAUGUCUUGUAGCAGAUGCUAAAAAAUCAAAUUUAUUUAUUGUUCUUGUUGAGUGUUCAGAAAAUAAUAGUGAUUCAUCAUUUAGACCAGAAGAAACAACAACAGCAUUUAUUGUUGAAAAAGAAUUUGGUAAUAUUAGUAUUGAUGAACCAGUUGAUACUGUUGGUCUUCGUGGUCUUGAUUUAUGUAAUAUUCAUUUUAAUGAUACAGUUGUACCAAAAGAUAAUAUGAUUGGUGAAAUUGGUACAGCUGCUAAAGCAUUUGCUGAAAUAUUUAGUGAAGGUAAACAUUAUAUUGGUGCACAAACAAUUGGUCUAUCAAAAUCAUUUCUCAAAGCAAUGAUUAAAAAUUUAAAAAAUAGCAAAGAUUUUAAUACCCUAAAAUUUCAAAAUGAUACUAUACAAGAUGCUGUCAGUAGAAUGGUAUGUUCAAUAUAUGGAAUGGAAAGUGUUACGUAUUUAACAUGUGGAUUGAUGGAUACAUAUGCUGAUCAAGAUUGUAUUUUAGAAAGAUGUAUCACUGAGACAUACUGUGCUGAUCAAUGUAUACAAUCAAUAUUAAAUAGUAUGCAAGUACUUGGUAUUGAGGGUCAUACAAAAACCAAUGAAUUUCAACAAUAUUUUCGUGAUGCAAUAUGCUUGACAACAUUCAAUGGACCAAUAACAAGUACAAAAACUUUAAUAUCAUUAUUGGGUCUUCAACAUACUGGCAAAGCAAUUGGUGAAGAAAUUAAAGUAAAACGUAAUCUCUGGAAUUUUCCAUCAAAAGCAUUCAAGCUAUGGUUGUCAUUUGAGAAAAAAGAAAAAUUACAUAUAGCUGAUAAUUUACAUCCAUCACUUGAGCUAUAUGCAAAUUUACUUGAAGAAGGAAUAUUUAAUUUUAAACAAUGUGUUACUAAUUUAGCAUGGCGUGAUGGUAUGCAACUACUUGAAAGACCAGUUACACUAAGAAGAAUGACUGAUACAGCAACAUAUUUGUAUGUUAUGGCUUCUGUUGUUGCACGUUCAUCAAGAUCAUAUUGUCUAGGUAUGAGAGAAUCAGAAAUGGAAGUUAGAAUAUCACAAAUAUUUGCAUUUAUUAUUCAUGAAAAAUAUUCGGAAUUGAUGAGACAACUUGAUAAUGGUGAAUGGAUUAAUGGUGAUUCAUUAAUGAAAGAUGUAUCUGAUGGAUGCUUUGAAACUAAUGAUUUUUAUCCAGCUCAUCCAUUAGCAAGAAAUUUUUAAAUCAAUCAAUCAUCAACAUCAUGAACAACAAUAUAUAUAAAAAUAUUUAAAAAUGUACAGACUUUACUGCAUUCAAUAAA